AUGAAGAUACAGCAUGACGAACCUAUAAUCACCUUCGUUCCUUCACCUUCACGGCCGGUUUCCUCCGGCAGCGACGGCACCGCAGAGAAGCCGAAGAAGCGGACCCCUCGUUCGAAAACAUCCUACAACAUCGCCCGACCCGUAAACACUCGCUCAAAGCUACAUGCACGCCCCAAGGUUCUCCUACAGUUACAUCAAGUCAUCGCUUCGCAACGUCCAAAGCCUGCAUACGAAGUCGUUCCUUUCUCAGUCCUCCCCCAGCGAAUUUCGAGGCGUCUUUCACGGAGCUUUAACACCAGGGAAAAAUUAGGGCCACAUGAUCUCUUCAUUGUUCAGGCAGAGGAGUACAACAGUCAUGAUGACGAGAGCAAGUCGGAAGAGGAGCGAUGGGGCUCGCGCGACGUAAUCGGCGUCAUCAGCGCACGGAAGUGUGACAAGGGCGUCACCGAGACCACGGAGAUUUGUAUGAAUGACGGGACGAGUCGCUGGGCGGUAACUGAUAUGCCCAACGGAGGCUACGAGUUCAAUAGCACUGACGAGCAUGGCCUGACGCUGAAGGCGCGUUGGGUGUUGAAACCAGCUCAUUCACGCCGUACGUCAAGCAUGACUGCGAACACACCCCUUUCGCCAUCAUUCCCAGAGGCCGACGACAGGAAGUUUACGUUCAGUACUUUGAGUGUUAAUUCCAGGCGUCAUCCUAUCAUUGCGACAAUGACCCGCAACCGCAUAGAUGUCAUGGAUACCUACGCUUUGCCAUCUGAUGCCUCGCCGUCAACGCCUAGCAUGGCCUCUUACACCCAGUCGCCUACCACAGACGUUUCCAGCAUCGAUGCCAGCAACUUUAUGGAAACUUUGACAGAGAAGCUGCCUACCGAGACCGGCGACGCGCUUCGACAAUUCAUACUGGCUUCCGGUGUCUGGGUUGCUGCCAAAGAAUUCACGACGGAGGGCCCCAACUUGUUCUCGCCCCCAACCCUAGCUCCCUGUGCCACCUUCCGGCCAAACACCAACCGCACGUUCUCAAUGUCGAUCCUUGAUUGUCCUCGCUCGCCAUCUCCAGCUUCGACACUCGACGAGAAGCGCCGCUCGAUCCCUCGAAUGUUCAAGCCUAGUUUGGAAAGACUACCUCGUCGCACGACAAGCUUCACUGAUGCUCCUGCUUCGCCUGCUUCUACCAAGACGGCAGUAAACGCUUCUCCCGUGACCGUUGUGAAGACACGAGCGCGACGUGCCAACUCGACUGGCACUGCUAUGCAUAGUAUUUCCGGCAGCAUGAGGAAGAGAUACGGACUUACCUUCGAAGACCAAACACUCGCAGAAACCGCAGAAGAGCGCACUAUGAAGCGCAGCGUGGAGCUACUUCGCAUCAAGGAACUACAACUGCCCUCACCUAUAGAGCGACCUUCUGCUGAAUCCACCCGGCCACUCCCUCCUGCUAUACCAUCCCCGAUCGUCAUCCCCGCGUCACCUGAAGGCCCGACUUCGCCCACACCGCUACUCGCCUCUCCUCUCCUCUCACCGGCCAUGCCACAAACCGAACGUUCUAGAAAGACACAGUCUGCAUACGCGCCCAUCACCACGACCGGCAUGUGGGAUUCUGGAGUCACGGAAGGCCCCGGUCUCAAGAAGCGCCCCACAAGCAUGUUCGUCAUGAACGAGAAGAAGCGCAAGCAAGAGAAGAAGGUUGAGCGCAGUAAAAGCAUGAAAGAGAAGAGCAAAGCUAGCGAAGAGAGUAACGAAGGUCUCGGUCCUAAGAGCAAGAGGAAGGGUGAUUGGUACAUGUACAAGAUCAAACUUCGCCUCAAGGACAUCUUUAAGAAGGACAAGGCUUGA